AUGCGUCGCAAAUGCUUCUUUCUGCUUGAGGUGUGUGCCAUUGUGAGCUUCCUGCCAUCGGCCUCUGUGGCAGAUCUGACAUGUGAAGCUCUGCUCAUGCUGUCAGGGAAUUUCUCCUUGCAGUCCCUGGCCGCCUCCUGGAACCAAACCCUGAGCAAUGCCACAGGUCAGUGGAGCGGCUCGGGACUCUACUGUGACACCUCCAUCGAUGGCAUCGGCACCUGCUGGCCCAGGAGCAGCGCCGGUCAAAUGGUGUCACGACCCUGUCCGGAGAUGUUCUACGGUGUCAGAUACAACACCACCAAUAAUGUUUAUAGGAAGUGUCUCGCAAACGGGACGUGGGCGCUGAAGGGGAACUACUCCAUGUGUAAGGCCAUACUUCACGAGGAGGUAAGCAAGAUGCACUACCAGAUAGCUGUGAUCAUAAACUUCCUGGGUCACUGCAUCUCCAUGGUGGCUCUGCUCAUAGCCUUCUUCUUAUUCUUGUGUUUGAGGAGCAUCCGCUGCCUGAGAAACAUCAUCCACUGGAACCUCAUCACCGCCUUCAUCCUGAGGAACGCCACCUGGUUCAUCGUCCAGUUGACCAUGAGCCCCGAGGUGCACGAGAGCAACGUGGUGUGGUGUCGCCUCGUCACCGCCUCCUUCAACUAUUUCCACUCCACCAACUUCUUCUGGAUGUUUGGCGAGGGCUGCUAUCUCCACACCGCCAUCGUCCUCACCUACUCCACCGACAAGCUGCGCAAGUGGAUGUUCAUCUGCAUCGGCUGGUGUAUUCCAUUCCCUAUAAUUGUGGCAUGGGCCAUUGGGAAGCUCUACUACGACAAUGAGAAGUGCUGGUUUGGGAAGCGAGCCGGCGUAUACACAGACUACAUCUACCAAGGUCCCAUGAUUCUUGUGUUAGUGAUCAAUUUCAUUUUCCUCUUCAACAUCGUGAGGAUCCUGAUGACCAAACUUCGAGCCUCCACCACGUCGGAGACGAUCCAGUACAGGAAAGCAGUGAAGGCUACACUGGUCCUCCUCCCUCUCCUUGGAAUCACCUAUAUGCUGUUCUUCGUCAACCCGGGGGAAGAUGAGAUCUCUCAAAUCGUCUUCAUAUACUUCAACUCAUUUUUGGAAUCCUUCCAGGGCUUCUUUGUGUCAGUAUUUUACUGCUUCCUAAACAGUGAGGUGCGCUCGGCCGUGAGGAAGCGGUUCCACCGAUGGCAGGAGCAGCACUCGAUCCGAGCCAGGAUGACCCAGGCCAUGUCCAUCCCUACGUCACCUUCACGGGUCAGCUUCCACAGCAUCAAGCAGUCCACGUCGCUAUGA